UGCUGGCCAAUAGGAAAACGGUUUGCUUAGAAGCCAAGUUUGGUGUUGUAAAGGCACAAAACAGCGGGUAAAAUGCUCUUCUAUUCGUUCUUUAAGUCCCUGGUGGGCAAAGAUGUGGUGGUAGAGCUGAAAAAUGACCUGAGUAUAUGUGGGACGCUACACUCUGUAGAUCAGUAUCUGAACAUCAAACUCACAGACAUCAGUGUCACCGACCCUGAGAAAUAUCCACACAUGCUGUCAGUCAAAAACUGCUUCAUCCGCGGCUCGGUGGUGCGGUACGUCCAGCUCCCGGCCGACGAGGUGGACACUCAGCUUCUACAGGACGCCGCCCGCAAAGAGGCCAUGCAGCAGAAACAGUGAUUCACCCGCGCGCACGUUCGGUUUCUCACGGACUUGUUUUUCUUUUACGCCGAGUCGAGAUAAACUCGAGUUACCGGCUCACAACCUGCAGCCUGACGUCUGAGGCCUGUUGCUGUUCAGUUCUGAGUUCAAAUUUAACUACUUUAACUAUGAGGUGUCAUGUUUAUGUUGAAAUUAGUUUCCUUUUUUAAUAAAAUGAAUCAAACGAGAGUAGAAA